AUGGAGUUAGGUUGUGAAGUGAAGUAUUCUAAGUGUUAUAUGGCAAAAAGAAUUGCUCUAAAAAUGAUAUUUGGUGAUGCUAGUGAAGAGUAUAGCAGGGUGUGGGAUUAUGCGGAGGCAGUAAGGAGGUUUAAUCCAGGAAGCGCUGCAAUCGUCAAAUGCAUUGGAAUAGAAAAACCUCCACCUUUGUUCCAAAGGAUGUAUAUAUGCUUGCUAGCAUGUAAGGAGGGUUUUGUUGCUGGCUGUAGGCCUAUUAUAGGUGUUGGUGGGGCACAUUUGACGGGAAAAUUCCCUGGGAUUUUGUUGAGUGCUGUAGAAGAUCUUAGAUCAGUUACUGCAUCUAGCAGUCGGGUACAAGCAGGAGGUGAUGCUUUCACCUUCAUGAGCGACAGGAAAAAGGGUUUGGUUGAAGCUUUUAGCUCAGUGAUUCCUGAAGCUGAAUUUAGGUUCUGUUGCAGGCAUAUAUGGGAAAACUUCAAGAUCAAGUUCCCUGGAGAGUUGUUCAAACAACACUUUUGGAGAGCAGCAAGAGCUUACAACAAGAAAAUUUUUGUUGAAGCAUAUGAAUAUCUAGCUGCUAUUCCUAUAAAACAUUGGUCUGGACAUGCUUUUUCUAGUAGGAAUAAAUCUGGAAUGUUGUUAAUCAACUGUUCUGAGACAUUCAAUAACGUGAGAUAUGUGUUGCAAAGAAGUGCAGCUAAAAGGGAAGGGCUGAGUAACUUUGAAGGUGUGUUAACGUCAUCUACCAGCAAAAUGAUUGAAAAAAAUGCAAAAGAUAUAUACGGUUUAAGGGUAAUCCCAGUGGAUGUGUUUGAGUUUGAGGUGGAUGAUGAUGACGAGUCUUACGUUGUCAACUUGACCAAUAAGACUUGCCAUUGUGGAAGCUGGAAACUUAUUGGGAUCCCUUGUAAACAUGCAAUGGCUUGUAUUGUUCUUAGAAAUUAUAUGCCAACCAAUUUGUCUACGAGGCGUAUCAUGACACAAAAGAUGCCUAGAAGGCCAAACAAGAGGAAAAGAAAGAAAGAAGCUGAUGAAGGAAAAGGAGGGAAGAAGCCUGCAUGUGCUUUUAGAGAAUUCAAGCAAAGGAGAUGUGGUAAUUGUGGUAACAUAGGUCACUAUAAAAAAGGAGAUGUGUUGUAUGCAAGCAAUAUGUACAUCUUGAUUAGUGUUGUGUAUGAUUAUAAAAAAACGCAAGACUUAAACCUUCUUCCAGGAUUUUCCUUGGUCUAUGAAACUCUCCUUGCAAAGGGAACUCCACACCCACAUUUUUCAGGCUUCGGAUUUGCUAUUGAAGAAGGAGAAUACAUUACUAAUUAA